CCACACGGCAUACACGCCACAUAGCAGCACUCUGUGGCCGUCCCUUAUCGUCUAUUCAUAACCUGGAUAUUUUGAGGGAAGCCAUAUGGAGAAUGCCACCGUCUUUGGAAUAGUUGGCACUGAACACAAAAUGGGCUUCCACAGAAACAGUGACGAGUCUAGCCUGUCAAGAUCCCGAGUGGUGAGAAGGCAGAGGCGAUUAGCUGUUGUCGAGCAGCCAUCCUUGGAUAACUGUGAUGGCCUAAAGAGACCCGAGCAUCAAAUCUCAAGACGAAAAUUAAGUCAUGCAACAGUCCAUCAGGAACGGUUGACAGCUGAAACAAAGAGACGUCACUACUCAACGUCUUUUAUUCCUGGUACAGUGUCUUCCGUCAAUAACAGCUUUCCAGCGUCACCUGCACUGUCUGAUGUGACUAGUGGUUGCAACGGUGUAUCAUACACGGAAAGUAAAACAACAGAAACUUGUCGUUUUCCAAAGGAUCAUAAUUCAAAUUCAUCGCGUACUGUAACAUCUUGUCCCGAUGGUGACAAUUAUAAGAAAUUUGACAUCGUUGGUGAAAGUUUUGAAGCUCGUUUCCCCUGGCAACGUGAUGUGUCUGUACAAUGUUCUUUGAAAGUUCAUUGUGUCAGACGGCGUUGUUGUAAAUUUAGAUUUGCAAAAGAGGAAAGUGAUAGUGAUAUUGACUCUUGCUUGUCAUCAGACGAUGAUGGAAAAAGCGAAACCCGGAUUCGAUCCUCCGAACUCGUUCCCACAGAAAAGAGGCUCUCGUUAGCACACAGAAGGCCAUAUACCAAACUUUUAUCACACCCACCUUUCCAAAAAGUGCGUCAUAAGUUCUCAGACUCUUCUCUUUACCGGCGCCCCGUUAAAAUCACCGUUCCCAAGAAGCUCUCUCUGCAGGACCGGCCCAGUAUGAACCUUGAAGAUGUUCAAGGUAGCGGGCGAACAAGACCACCAGAUUCUCUGGUUCAAAACGGUGCCUUAUCGGAGGACGAGUACAAAGAUGAAUCCCUAUCCACGGUUAUUAGCGAUUUCUGGAAGCUUCGCCGGGGGUCGCAGGACGACGUGCUGCCGUCUCCGCGGAUCUCUCCAGAGCCUUGGGGCGCAGUACCUGAGCUGGUGGUUACGUGGGAGACCGACCACAAGGGAGAAAAUCACGAGUCCGCUCAAGGCGACAGACAUCUUCAUAAAGAAACCAAUUUACUGCAUGUCCCAAAACGGGCCGUGCGUAGGCCAAGCCUUGGAAGUCUUACCAGCGGGUCAGAGGAGAGUGAUUGCGAGCCGUCACCACCGGUGGCCAGACGAGGAAGACGAGCCGCCAUAUUUGACUCAAAGAACUUCGGAGAUGUCUCGCCCACAAGCCUCUCGCCUGACGUGUCACCCAGCAACUCCUGUGACGAGGGAGAUAGCUCAGGGAACCCAGCCGAGCGAUUUCGUCGACGUCGCAGCUCUGUGGACCUGACGAUGAGUAUUUAUCCUGGAGAUCUUCUGGUGCAAGAACACCACAAGAAACUUCUCCUGAAAAGGAACACUAUAGCUGACUUUGCCGCAGUUAGACAUGGGUCUACUGUCAGUGUUCACGAAGAUUCCAAGAAGCCCAGACAGACUUUUUCCCUCUUAAAACUGAUGAAAACCAAAAGCAAAGAAUCACUCACCCAUCUGGAGGAUAUUUUAGCUCACAUGAAGGUGUCUGAAUUUAAGGAUAACCACUUAGCUGCAUACAAAACCACCCAUUGGUCAGAUUUGAUCGCCAGUACAGAUAAGGAACAAGAGCCGAUAUGUUUGCAUGAGAGUGAACAGAAACGCCGCGAGGCCGUGUGGGAACUCUUUCGUAGUGAAUGCGUGUUUUUGAUUGAUCACCUCAUGGUGUUGAAGCAUUGUUUCAUGGAACCGCUAAAGAAAGUACAAGUUGAAGGGUUUCUCAUGUACGCAGAGCCGCGUGAUAUCUUUGGCAACCUCGAUGAACUUUGCUAUGUGAGCUACACUUUUUGCAAGGAUUUUAUUUCUGCAUUGCUGAAAGAUAUGAGCAUCACAGAUUUUGGACGAACAAAGGUUUUAAUAAAAGCCUUUCAAAGGUUUUCGGCACUGUCACGUGACGGAGGAGUGUACCAUACGUACUGUCUGAACUACAUGGCGGCACUGAACUACCUUGAGCAGUUGCGAAAAAGUGAUGAAUUCGCGGAGUUUGAAAAGUUCUGUGAACAAGACUCCCGCUGCAAUCGUCUCCAGCUCACAGACCUAUUAGUGGCACCAAUGCAGCACUGCACUAAGCUUCCCCUUCUCCUUGCCAACAUCCGAAAGUACACCCCAAACUACGAGGAAAGAACGCAGCUUACCGAGUCAAUUGAGAAGGUUGAGAACUCACUUAAGAAACUUGAAGACAAGAUGAAAUGGCUGAAAAAUUAUGAACGAGUUCAAGAAAUCCAACAGCAGCUUGUCUGGCCUCCGGUUACCGACCUUGACCCAAAGACCUAUAUACCGGAGUUUCUCCGGUCCACCCUUCUACGUCAGCCUUGUGAGCGCCUACUGGCGAGCCCCAAGAGACAGCUGAUCUUCGAAGGGCCGCUUGCUCUAGUAGAAUCAGCUAAAAACGUCGAGAUGCACCUGUUUCUAUUUGACGACAUUUUACUACUAACGAAACUGAAGAAACCAGCAAGAAAGAAAACGUCUGUGUACGAGAUGACUCAAAGACCGUCGCUGGCGAGUCCCAUGGACCUUGGCUCCUACAUCGUCUAUCGGCAACCUGUUCCUCUGGAUCGCUUCAGCGUCCAUGACGUUUCUCAACCCGAAGGCGCCGCCCCCGGUUUGAAGCAAGCUUUUGUGUUGGUGCAUAUCAGUCGCUACCAGCAAAUUAUAGGUGUAUAUACACUUCAAGCCUGUACUGAUGCCUCAAAGAUGGCUUGGAUUAAUCAGCUACGGGAAGCACAGGAUAACUACAACGAAGGUGUGCCAAUGGCAAGGAAAGGCCACGGAGAAUCCCCGGAGGCACCUCGCAAACACACGAAUAACAACACCAGCAGCAGUAACAGAAACACCCCGGAAAAGACAGUUAGUUCGCCACGCGGACGCAUGCGCUUGAGAACACUGAAGCAAGCACACAACAAAUCGCGUUCUGUGGACGCUGUGACUGUGUGAUUAAAUACAAAACUCUGUCCCUGUGAUUUUUAUGUUCACAAUGACGUUUUUGUUCACAAUGACACCGUGGAACAAGGGCUUUACAAUCUUCGGCACGGUGACUUUAUUCAGUUCAUCUGCUUCCAUCUCCAGUGUCUGAGACGCAAGAGAAGUGGCACACCGUGUUCCGGUCAUCCUAUCAACACGCCACCGUGUCGUAAGUUCUUGACAAGUUUAAUUGUGUACGCAUUCAUGCCCAAAAGGCCAUGUGUAUCAACACAGUGCAUUUGGGAACGUUGCUGACACCAACGUAAAGCCAUAUUCAAAACGGAUUAAAUAAUGUGCAAUGAACAAAGGGCCAUAGACUCUUCCACUUCCAAUGUUGAACUGUUGAAAUACACAUGUAAGCUGAUUCCUUGUGCUAAACUACAAAAUUAGAUGUAUAAACGACGUGUCUUGAAAACAAUGGCCUCUCACCUCUCACUUCAUCAUAGAUCCCGCUUAUCACCUCUACAUUUGCCUUACGCCAUCAUCGCUGUCGAUACGGAGCGGUGCACUAAGUGAAGUUUUCUACACCCAUAAGGCGCUCUUGGUACGUCAUUUGUCAGCUGGAAUGUUCUUGCUAGCAGUUUUACAAUUUUCCACCAUUUUCCAUCCUCUUACACCGUUGUGCAUUCCUUUACCAAUACUGAUACCGUCCUGCUAGAGACAAUUCAUUCAGGCUGCUAGAGCAAUCAUGCACGCUGCAUAAAAGUAUGUGAUUCUAGAAUUACCUGCGUCCUUCCUUUUUCUACAGUUUAUUACUAAAGAACAAAUCAUAGAAAUCAUAUCUGUUUCCCAGUGCAUAUCUGUACAGGCAGUUGCGUGAGUUUUGUUUGCAUAGCCAUGUAUGAUAAAAAUGUUUUCUUGAUGAGUUUAGACUAAGUUUUACAUUGGACCAGGAAAAUUUGGUCAGCGUUAUUUCAAUAUGUUGUGUACAUUUAUUGAAGCAUAAAAAUACUUUAGUCUUCGGAAAAUUUUGUUUAAUUCCACCUGCGGGAAAGUGUGCAUUUUUGUGAAUAUAUUGCCUGUGCUGUUUUCACUUCUGUUGUGUUAUAAAUGGACCUGAAAGCUGCUGUCAGCCAUUUGUGUCCAUGCGACGAAGAUCAAAGAGGAGACGUAUCUAUAUAUUGUAUCUUUAGAAGUUAUCAAGCACGAAUAAGAACAAUGUCAUGUGACUGGUUGGCGUUCAUCAAUUGCUUUGGUGAUGUUUGUUAGGAUGGCCAUUUCUCUUCAGCAUUAUUACUGUGUCUUGUAUGUUAGGAUGUCCACUGGCUCUUCAACACAUUUGUUGUGUCUUAUAAGCUAACCGAGACAGCUGGCAAAACUACCCACAGAUUACAUCAUAUAGCACAGAUAACACUUAAUACUGUUAUUCACUCAACUGUUAUUUGCAUAUUUUUGUCGAAGAGAGAGACAGUAUUUUUCUAACCAUAUCUUCUACGAUAUCUCCUGUAUGUGAUUUAAGACUAUUACCAUACCAAAUUCAGGUAUAUUUCAACUGGCUGUGCGAUUUUCACCGUUUCCCCUUUUAAAGGCAAUAUUAUCUAGUCUGUUAACCGCAUAUACACUACUGUCCCUUCUUGACUCUUGUACAUGUAUAUAGAACAAUAAAUGCU